CCGAUCCGUUUUUCAACGAAAUACAUUUCCAAGACAAUUUGAUGAUUACAAACUAAUUUCGUGUCGACAUUCUAACCAGACGGUCGGUGAAACUUUUAUUGUUCAAGUACAUUCGUCCCGAAAUUAAAAUGGUGCAUGCAGUUACUGAUAGUGAUGACUUCAAUGCCAAGGUCGAGGCUGCCGGAAACAAGUUAGUCGUUCUCGAUUUUCAUGCUGUCUGGUGUGGACCGUGUAAAAUGAUUGCUCCCGUCUUGGAGGAAUUGGCUAAUUCUCUCGCCGAUAAAAUUGUUGUAUUGAAGAUUGAUGUUGACGAAUGUGAAGACCUGUCGACCCGAUUUAACAUUUCCAGCAUGCCAACGUUCGUGUUUUUGAAAAAUGGAGAAGAAGUUGAAAAGUUCAGUGGCGCUAAUAAGGAGAAAUUGACCGAUAUAAUUAACAAACUUUGUUAGACCAUGCAUGGUCCCGAGUUUGUCAUAAAUUAAUGUGUGUUAGCUUGAUACGUGUGGUAAGCUUAAUGCAUUAGAGCGAAGAGAACGUAAAAAAAAUAUUGAAAUCUAAAGCAAGUGACUUGCAUCUCAUUUAAUGUUCACGCAAUUGAAAAUUUGAUUUUUUUUUUUGAAGCAUUGAAAUUCUACAGUGAGUUCUCUUUGACUAAAAUUUCUAAUAUUUAACGAAAUCGAAAUGCCUUUGUAAGUGAUGUAAUAUUGAUUGAUUGCCUUGACAAACAAAUUCUUUUUUUUUAUAUAUUUUUCAUUACAAUGUUUGAUUAAUUUGCUGUAGUCAACACCCAUGAAUAAAUCUUUAUAAAAACUCAAAA